GAACGGAUAAGCCCCCUCCCCCGAAGCUUUCAGCGAGAUACACAGCCCAUUGGUGUAGAACGGUCACUCGAGACGGAAACAACCAAGCCCCGCCGUCUCCCUUAGGGUAGGGUAGACCCUCAAGGUAGGGUAGAGGUACUUAAGCAACAGAGAAACCGCAGAAUCUACCAACUCAAGUUCUUCCGGCCGCGGGCCUUUCUCCGCUGAAUGAUCUUCCGUCCAGUCCGGGUCUUGACCCGGGACAGGAACCCGUGGCGCCGCUUCUGCACCCGUCGCGAGGGGUUGUAGGUUGACCGCUUUCCGAGCAGGCAGGCGCUGGCGGAGAAGGAUCGGGAUUGUUGCAGAGAGGCUGUGGUGGGAGAUGUGGAGGGGAAGAAGGCGGAGGUCGAUGAGAGGAUGGCGGUGGAGGGGGCUCGUUGUUGGUGGGAGAGCUGUGCGCGAAGGGGAGAGAAGGCGGAGGAGGAGGAGGAGGUGAUGAGGGUGCGGAUUGAGGUGGUGUUGGUGGUGGUGGUGGUGGUGGUGGUUCUUGCUGUUGAUGCGCGGGCAGCGGCGGCGGCGGGUGCGGAGAUGGGGAUUCUGGAAUUCACGACGGGGUUAGCCUUUGGAUAUUCGGGUAGUCGCGAAAAGGUGGUGCGCUAUGUUCGGUGGGUUUGCGUUUUCUUUCGGCUUAACUUUCCGGGCUUGAAUGUCGAGGAUUGGGGGAGGGGAAGGGGGGCAGGUUGGCGAUAUAUUGGCGGAAACUAGGUGGUGGUGGUGGAUUUGAAAGGGCAUCCAUCGCAAGCAGUGGUUAC